AGCGGCGGCGGCGGGGCAGCCAUGUCGCCUUUGUCCGCGGCGCGGGCGGCCCUGCGGGUGUACGCGGUGGGCGCGGCGCUGAUCGUGGCGCAGCUGCUGCGCCGCUGCGUCCGGGGCUUCGUGGAGCCAGUCUUCUCUCCGCAACCCGAACGUGUUGCCAUAGUGACCGGAGGGACCGAUGGCAUCGGAUACUCGACCGCCAAGCACCUGGCGAAGCUGGGCAUGCACGUCAUCAUAGCCGGAAAUAACGACAGCAAAGCCCAGGAGGCCGUGAGGAGGAUAAAAGAGGACACGCUCAACGACCAAGUGGAGUUUCUGUAUUGCGACCUGGCGUCCAUGAGGUCUAUCCGGCAGUUCGUCCAGACGUUCAAAAUGAAGAAACUGCCCCUCCAUGUCCUGGUGAAUAACGCCGGCGUGAUGAUGGUGCCCCAGAGGACCACGGAGGACGGCUUUGAGGAGCACUUCGGCGUCAACUAUCUGGGGCACUUCCUACUGACCAACCUCCUCCUGGACACCCUGCGGGAGUCGGGCGCCCCUGGCCGCAGCACCCGGGUGGUGACCGUGUCCUCGGCCACGCACUACGUGGGGGAGCUGAACCUGGACGACCUCCAGAGCAGUACCUACUACUCAGCGCAUGCAGCCUACGCCCAGAGCAAGCUGGCCCUGGUGCUGUUCACCUACCACCUGCAGGCGCUGCUGACCGCCCGGGGCAUGCCCGUGACCGCCAACGUGGCCGACCCCGGCGUGGUGGACACCGACCUCUACAGACACGUCUUCUGGGGCACCCGGCUCGUCAAGAAGCUCCUUGGCUGGUGGGUCUUCAAGACCCCAGACGAGGGAGCCUGGACUUCCGUCUACGCCGCGGUCACCCCGGACCUGGAAGGUCUCGGUGGCUGCUAUCUCUACAACGAGAAGGAGACCCGGUCUCUGGAGGCCACGUACGACCCAGAGCUUCAGCGGCAGCUCUGGGCCAGAAGCUGCCAGCUGACGGGCAUUGUCGAUGUGACCCGGGAGACCUUCGGCGGGAGCGGUCUGCCGGGAAGAGCAUGAUCUGACGGGGAGCACCACGGUCGGCGUCGACCUCGCAGAAACUCGGGAGGGUGCCUUGACUUUAUGGACGGCCCUUGUGGAUACACCGAAAAUGGAAGUGGUGUGAUCCAAAUUGGCAAGAGACUAAAUUCGCACGCCAUGUCUAGAAUCGGUGAGUCAGUUCCUGGUGAGUGUGCUUGUCCGUGUGACUAAACAUUUGUGUGCAUUCCAUGAACUGCUUUGUGGGAAGCGUUGUAGCAGUGCUCACAAUCGUAGCAGCAAUAAUGUUGUCAGUAGCGGUCCUAGUGGUAGACGUUACAAUUGUAGUGGGAAGCCUAAUGCCUGUAGUAGUCAUUGUAUUAGUACUAAAGGUGUCGCUUCCCUGGUGGCUCACACGGUGAAAGCGUCUGCCUACAAAGCACGAGACCCAGGUUCCAUCCCUGGGUCGGGAAGAUGCUCUGGAGAAGGAAGUGGCCACCAAGUCCUGUACUCUUGCCUGGGAAAUCCCAUGGACGGAGGAGCCUGGUGGGCUACAGUCCACGGGGUUGCAAAGAGGCGGACACGACUGAGCCGCUUCACAACAACAAACGCUGGCACCGUUGCAGCACGAGGAAUAUUUUUAGUAGCUUUUAUAGGCACGUUAGUUAUCGUGAUGGUUACAAGUGUAGGAGUAAACGCAAAGUUGUGGUCGUGGUUGGCAUAGUGGCUUCUGCAGCAGUAGCGAUUGAUGCAGCUGUGGUUGUAAUGCAAGUGGGCAUAGUAACAGUUGCAGCCGUGCUAAUUGUUGCAGCUUUAGGUGUAGCCGUGGCGAAAAGUACAGUAGUUGUGAAAGGCGUGUCUACUGCAGUAGCGUCUGGAAUACUCAUGCUCCCUGUAGUGCCAUUUGCUGUAGCGUAAGUUGUAGCAGGAGCCAUAAUUGCCGUAGUUCUCACUGUUGCCAUUGGAAUGGUCGUGCUGGGAAGGACAGUGGUAGCAGUUGCGGAAGUACAAACUAUGCGGUCGUUAGACUGGCGGUAAGAAUGACAGCGCAGCGGCAGCAGCGAUCGAUGCAGCGCUGAAGAGCACAGCUGUGCCAGCGGUGUUCGUAAUAGUGCUCACAGCCGUGCUCUUGGCCAUGCGCGUCGCAGCGGCACUGCUUGCAGCAGCGCCGGUACCAGUGCUUGCAAGUGUUACACUCGUCGUAGGAAAGCUAAUAAUUAUGGUAGGAAUCACACUAGCACUAGUUGCAUACUUGUAACAGUCGUCACUGUGAUACCAGCCAUAGCAGCGGUCGUCAUGGUAACCGUUACCGUUGAAGUCGUCAAGCUGACGGUUGUAGUAGUCAUUGCUCUAGCACCAGUUGGCAUAGUCGUUGUAACAGUCGUCACUAUCAUACCAGCCAAAGCAGUAGUUGUCAUGGUGACUGUUACCAUGGUAGUCAUAAAGCUGACGGUUGUAGUAGUCAUUGCUCUAGCACCAGUUGGCAUAGUUGUAACAGUAGUCAGGAUGAUACCAGCCAUAGCAGUGAUCGUCAUGGUAACCGUUACUUUGUAGUCGUGAAGCUGACGGUUGUAGUAGUCAUUGCUCUAGCACCAGUUGGCAUAGUUGUAACAGUCGUCACUAUGAUACCAGCCAAAGCAGUAGUCAUCACAGUGACUGUUACCAUUGUAGUCGUAAAGCUGAUGGUUGUAGUAGUAACUGUAGUAGUACUAGUUGGCAUAGUCAUUGUCGCAGUGGUCACUCUUGUACCAGCCAUAGCAGUAGUCAUCAUGGUAACUCUUACGGUUGUAGUCGUCAAGCUGACGGUUGUAGUAGUCAUUGCUCUAGCACCAGUUGGCAUAGUCGUUGUAACAGUCGUCACUAUGAUACCAGCCAAAGCAGUAGUUGUCAUGGUGACUGUUACCGUGGUAGUCAUAAAGCUGACGGUUGUAGUAGUGAUUGCUCUAGCACCAGUUGGCAUAGUUGUAACAGUAGUCACGAUGAUACCAGUCAUAGCAGUGGUCGUCAUGGUAACUGUUACCGUGGUAGUCGUAAAGCUGACGGUUGUAGUAGUAACUGUACUAGUACUAGUUGGCAUACUCAUUGUCGCACUGGUCACUCUUGUACCAGCCAUAGCAGUGGUCGUCAUGGUAACCGUUACGGUUGUAGUCGUCAAGCUGACGGUUGUAGUAGUCAUUGCUCUAGCACCAGUUGGCAUAGUCGUAACAGUCGUCACGAUGAUACCAGCCAUAGCAGUGGUCGUCAUGGUAACCGUUACGGUUGUAGUCGUCAAGCUGACGGUUGUAGUAGUCAUUGCUCUAGUACCAGUUGGCAUAGUCGUUGUAACAGUUGUCACGAUGAUACCAGCCAUAGCAGUGGUCGUCAUGGUAACCGUUACGGUUGAAGUCGUCAAGCUGACGGUUGUGGUAGUCAUUGCUCUAGCACCAGUUGGCAUAGUCGUUGUAACAGUCGUCACGAUGAUACCAGCCAUAGCAGCGGUCGUCACGGUAACCGUUACCGUGGUAGUCGUCAAGCUGAGGGUUGUAGCAGUGCGUGCUGUAGCACCAGCUGCAGUAGUCUCUGUGCUCGUACAGUGGUUUCCACGCCAGUAUCACUGACAGCAGUCCUCCACGUAGACCGUGCUGAGGGUCGGCUCUGGCUGUAGAAGUUUCCCCGCACAAGCUCAGUGGAGCCUCACGGUGACUGUGUGACCCGUCGCCUCCCCUGAGCGGCUUCGGGACCUGUCCACGCUCGCACAGCUCGUGCCCAGCAGAGGCUCAGCCCUGCAUCCUCUGUGCUUUGCCAGACUCACCAGAGAUAAGGAACAAAGACACACUUUCCACAAAAUACACAGAAAAACCCAAAGCCACACAAAAGGAGGGGGUAUUCUUCCUGUCCUCAAAGAAUUCUCCUAGAAACACAACACUGUAAAGCAGUUGUCCUCCAAUUAAAAACAAAUUAAAAAAAAAAAAAUUUCCACCCUGAGGUCCAUCAUCUCCAGGAAGAACAAGCCAAGAGGUCACCUCCAAA